UAUAAAUUCGCAACAUCGAAGUGAAUCAGUUUUUAUGUAAUUGUGCAAUUCUUUCGGUUGCAAGAUUUACGCGAAGAGAAACAAAGAGUGAAUCAAACUAAAGUGAAUUUUCAAUUUCGAUUAAAUUUCAUUUAAUUAAAGCUGUAAGACGAAAUGGACAAGGCGCCAUCACGGGAGCUGUCAUUUAUUCUGCUACUCGUUCUGCUGCUGGGAUUGAUUGGCUGUGUGACGUCACAGCGCACGUCAUUGGACGUGGCCUUCAGGAACGCCUACCGGCCACUGCGCUUGCUCAGCCUGGCCUUCACCGGGCGAUCCGGCGACGAGCCGGCGAACGUGCAGCGCGUGCGCAAUGCCGGCAAAACCCAAAAGUCGAAUCCGCGCACGCGCGCCCUUCUCCAGUUCUGCGACACGGAACGGGGGCCCGGCAGACGCAGUGCUGAGCGGCCGACGAGCGUGCAUCGGCUGCGACCCGGCGACAUCGACAUCAUUGGCGGCAUGGGCGACUCCCUGACCGCGGGCAAUGGCAUCUUCGCCACCAAUCUGGGGCACGUGACCGUGGAGAAUAGAGGCGUGGUCUGGUCCAUUGGCGGGCAAUACAAUUGGAAAAAGUAUCUCACAUUGCCCAACAUACUCAAGGAGUUCAAUCCCAAGCUCUACGGCUACUCGCUUAGGGACGGCCUCUCCACAGAUCGCUCCUCGCGCUUCAAUGUGGCCGAGCUGGGCGCCAUGUCCCGCGACAUGCCCUACAUGGCCAAGGUGCUGGUGAAGCGCAUGAGGAACGAUCCCCACGUGAACAUGACCCGGGACUGGAAGCUGGUCACCAUGUUCAUAGGCAACAAUGACUUUUGCGCCGACAUUUGCUUCCACCCACAGCCGGAGCUGACGAUUAAGCUGCACGAGCAGAACAUGCUAAAGACGUAUCGCUAUCUAAGGGACAAUGUGCCGCGGCUCAUGCUGAAUGUAGUGCCAGCUCCUAAUCUACGGUUCCUGACUGAGCUGUCCGGACUGCCGCCCAUCUGUCAGACCACAUUGACCUUUGAGUGCCCGUGCCUUGUGGGCAAGAGCAAGAAGCACUUGGAUUACCUAGAGGGCAUCAUGAAGCGUUGGAUAGCCAAGGACUACGAGAUUGCCAACUUGCCGGAGUUCAAUUCAGAAACAUUCACCAUCAAUGUGCAGCCCUUCUCCCAAUUCGACGACUUUCCGCGCACGCCCUCUGGCACUACGGACACCCGGUUCUUCUCCGAGGAUUGCUUCCACUUGAGCCAGCGGGGCCAGGCCUCGGCGGCCAAUGCGAUCUGGAACAAUAUGCUGGAGAUGCCGGGCGAGAAGAGCGGCUUCAGCGAGCACCUGUUCGAGAAGUUCAACUGCCCCACCGAGCAGCGUCCGUACCUGAUCACCAGAGAGAAUAGUCGGGCCGACUUCGUCAUCUAGUCCGACAAUUGCCAGCCUUUAUAUUAGAUAACUAACAUCGACUGUGAUACGUCUCGACCAUUUUUGUUUGUAGUAUUCGUUUACGCUUUUAUAAAUAAACGUCUAGAAAUUAGAAAACUU